GCCCUCAGGUACACACACCAGCAACGGUCACACAGCCCACAGAGGAGUCACUGUUUUCUCGGCUCCAUACGCGCGCACUCGUGGACUCUCCUCAGCCUGAAGGUCGAGUCCCGCAGAAAGAACCGGAGGAGGCACCGAGGAGCAGCGGAGGAGCACCCGGAGGAGCACCAGAGCAGGAUCAGCGGAGGAGCACCAGAGGAGCAGCAGCAGGAGCAGGAGCAGGGCGGAUGUUCAGCUGGGUGAAGCAGGAGCAGGGUCGCAGCCGGGAGGGAGAGAUGUACCAGACGGUGACCGAGGGGCUCCAGAGCCUCUACACGCGGAAGCUGCUGCCGCUGGAGGAGACCUACCUCUUCCAUGACUUCCACUCCCCGGCCCUGGAGGCCGCGGACUUCCAGAGCAAACCCAUGGUGCUGCUGGUGGGACAGUACUCCACCGGGAAGACCACCUUCAUCAGGUACCUGCUGGAGCAGGACUUCCCGGGGAUGAGGAUCGGUCCGGAGCCGACCACCGACGGCUUCAUCGCUGUGAUGUACGGAGAGAACGAGGGAGUGGUCCCUGGAAACGCUCUGGUGGUCGACCCCAAGAAACCCUUCAGGAAACUCAACGCGUUCGGAAACUCCUUCCUUAACAGGUUCAUCUGCUCUCAGAUGCCCAAUCAGGUUCUUCAGAGCAUCAGCAUCAUCGACACUCCUGGUAUCCUGUCAGGAGAGAAGCAGCGAAUCAGCAGAGGUUACGACUUCGCGGAGGUCCUGCGUUGGUUCGGGGAGCGGGUGGACCGCAUCAUCCUGCUGUUCGAUGCCCACAAACUGGACAUUUCUGACGAGUUCUCCGAGGCCAUCAAAGCCUUCAAGGGCCAAGACGACAAGAUCCGAGUGGUCCUGAACAAGGCCGACCAGGUGGACACCCAGCAGCUGAUGCGAGUGUACGGCGCCCUCAUGUGGUCACUGGGGAAGGUGAUUAACUCUCCGGAGGUGGUGAGAGUUUAUCUUGGUUCCUUCUGGGCCAAACCACUGCAGAACACUGAGAACAGGCGUCUCUUCGAGGCGGAGUCUCAGGACCUGUUCAAGGACAUCCAGAGUCUCCCGAGGAACGCUGCCCUCCGUAAACUCAACGACCUGAUUAAGAGAGCUCGUCUGGCCAAGGUGCACGCUUACAUCAUCAGCUACCUGAAGAAGGAGAUGCCGUCUCUGUUUGGACGAGAGAAGAAGAAGGAGGAGUUGAUCAUGAGGCUGCCGGAGAUCUACACCAUCCUGCAGAGGGAGCAUCACAUCAGCCCCGGAGACUUCCCCAACGUCACCAAGAUGCAGGACAUGCUGCAGCACUACGACUUCAGCAAGUUCCCGUCCCUGAAGGUGAAGCUGAUCGAGUCGGUGGACAAGAUGAUGGCCACAAAGAUCGCGGGUUUGAUGGCGAUGAUCCGAGAGGAGGAGUCCAAGGCCCCGCCCACCCUGGUGUCGGGCGGCGCCUUCGAGGGCUCUCAGGACGGCCCCUUCGGCCGGGGCUACGGCGAGGGCAUCAGCGCCGGGGCCGACACGGAGGACUGGAUCGUGAGCCGCGACAAACACCGCUACGACGAGAUCUUCUACACGCUGAUGCCCGUCAACGGCAAGAUCACCGGCGUCAACGCCAAGAAGGAGAUGAUGAACUCGCGGCUGCCGAACACCGUGCUCGGGAAGAUCUGGAAGCUGGCGGACUGCGACCACGACGGCAUGCUGGACGACGAGGAGUUCGCCCUCGCCCAGCACCUCAUCAAGAUCAAGCUGGAGGGUUACGAGCUGCCCUCCGACCUGCCCGACCACCUGAUGCCCCCGUCCCACCGCAAGGACCCCACCGCAGACGCCCUGUACAGCAACACCGAGGACUAGAGCGCCACCAGGGGGCGAGCCCCGGAGAGACUGACAGGAAGUCCACUGCUGCUGGUGCUCAGACUGAGAGGGAACCAAUCAGCAGGCCGACGGCUACAGAGGGUCAAAGGUCAAAGUUCAGGUGUUUUAUAAUGAAGAGCUCGACACUAAGAUGAUCACUUACUGAGUCCAAAUAACCUGCUUUUAUUUUGGUUUAUAUGUCAGUUAUUUUAAAGCAACAAACAACACUUUUAUUGUGAAAGAGAACAGUGUAUCCAGAUAUUUCCUGCUACAGCCACACAACUACCAGAGUUGCAUCCAAUCUGCUACAGAUAUGUAUCCACACAACUCUAUGGCAUUAUAUGAAUUGAUAAUAAUACUGUGUUUUUAUUCUGAAGGCCAAGACACUUUCCAGAUGCCUAACUGUAGAGUUUCCUGUAGAGUGGGGGACGUGAUUAUUCUUUCUCUCCACCUCGUGACCCGAUCGUCCAGAAGAGGAUUAGAGCCUCGUGGAAAAUCCAGAUUCUGAAACUGGGCUGAGUGAGAAGUUUGUUUUCACUAAUCGUCCUCUGCAGCUGGAGGUCAGAGAUGAUCAGUGUGAAGCAUCGAGGGAAACCUCCUCCUGAGCUCCAUCAUUCAAACAUCUGAUAUUUGAAUUAUCAAGCUCAUGUAGGAAUCCUGGUUUUUGAUUGGUUCUCUAAAGUAAACAUUACUGAGAUGAAAAUAUCACCUCAUUAAAAGUUAGAUAUUUCUUUGUGUUGUCAAGGAUGUGAGGAUUAUCUUUAGAUGUAGUUAUUUUAGUGUAGAAUGAGUCAGACUCAGGUCACGAGGUCAAGAGGUCACGAGGUCACGUCUCCUGCAGCUAAUCUCAACCCCCUGAGUCGUCUUUACGUUCGUUGUAAAUCCGACUGGCCGUGUGUUUUGCAGCAGGAAGUCGUUAGUUAGCCCCGCCUCCUCGUGACGAUGGAGUUCAGAGUCAGUCCCCGUCCAGGACGCUGGGUCCAGGGUAUUCUCAGAGGUCAAAGGUCAAAGUCCGUCCUGUUUUAACAGCACCACUGCAGCUCGUCGUUAACUCGUCCCUCGGGGACGGAUGGCGUCCUGAAAUGUGUCCGCUCGCUUCUGUUUCCUCGUAUUGUAAACAUCAGCACAGACGAGCAGAGCGGUGACCUCUGACCUCUGCUGACUGCACACCUUCCUCUCCGUAGAAUCCUCCGCUGCCUUCGUGUCUUAUUUCCAACUCUGGAAGUUCAGACCUCGACUGGGGAGGAAACUUUUUCCACUUCCUGUCACAAAACGACUAGAAGGAUUUGAUGCUGCAGUAAAUCUGAUUAGAUCAAAGUGAAUGUGCCUUUAACUGCAGCAGCGAGGCUCGACCAAUGAAAACAUUUGAUUCUCAUUCAGACGAUUCAUGUUCAACCAUGUGACCUUUGACCCAGAGACACAUGAUCGCACACUAACACUCAAAGUAUAAGUUUAUUGUUGUGAACCUGCGUGUCAACACCAGACGUGUGAUUAAUGAAUCUUCAUAAUGAGAAACCUUCAUAUUCAAAUGACUCUAAUAUCUCAAACUAAAGUUCCCACUCAGGAUGUUUCAUGAUUUUUAUUUUCUCAUCCAGUUAUUCUGGAUUUUCUCUCAUUAUUGUUUUAAACAUUUUUGAAAGUUUCUAUGUUUUGAUCAAGUUUUCAUUAUUGUUAAGACGUCAGGAUAUUUUAUUGGUGGAAAUGUUUCCUUUAUGUUAAAAUGCCUGUAAACUCCUCACUAGUAUGAAACAGUGUCACACCCUGGAUGGAGCUGGAAAUGUGUACAUUCAUAUAUAAAGUAUAAAAACACUGUACAUGAACUACUGUAAAUAUGCUGAUGUUGAUCCACCAGGCGUCGGGCCUGUCAGUGAUUUGAGUAGUCGGCUGCUCGUCAGUUCUCUGACUGAUGAAGAGCAGCUUCUCUUUUUGUUUCCUUCCUGUCUCCACAUCAUGGAUUUUAACUCUGUGAACAUCGAAUCCUAAUCGAUUUCAAAGCUGUGUUUGCACACGUCCCCGGCAGUGCCUGCUCAUCUCAAUGCUUCAGAAAGAGCGCCCCCUGGUUCCUGCUCGAGACAAAGCCUUUGAUAUCUGUCCGCUCCGAGUGGUUCAGAGCUUCAACCCUUCAGAACCUUCUGCUCCUAUGACAGGACGUGUCGGUCCUCGAGGAUCCAUCAGGUGCUCGGUGCCUUGAGAGCACAGAGCAGCUCGAGGUCCACGUUCAGCUCAUUCUCCCACAGAGCAGCUGUCUCUGAGGAUUUCUUGGUUUUUUAGUUUUGAUCAAAGUCAUAUUCCUGUGAAGGUUUUAUUUUAGUGAUUUUUAAACUAUUUUUUAUUCUUGCUGUUUGGAUGUUACUCUGUUCUGAUGAUGCAGCUCAUCCUGUCAGCAGAGCUGGAGACUAAUAAAGUUUAUUCAACACGUGCA